AUGGAAAUCUGCAACAGUUGUGCUAUUCACAUGUCUGCUCCUGAAGUCGUUUGUGGUGGCUUUUGCAAGGCAACUUUCCACUACAAAUGCGCCCCAGUUUCGGAAGCAUUUUAUGAGGAGAUGCAAGCAAACCCCGCGGCAUACUGGAUGUGCAAGGAUUGUCGCGAAAUCAUGGGAAACGCUCGUUUUAAGAACACGGUCAAAUCAAUGAAUGACGCGACGAAAGAGAUAAACGAUGUGUAUUCCAAACUGGUUGAUGAUUUGAAGUCGGAGAUAAAGGAGAGCCUGAUUGCCGAGCUGAGACAGGAGAUCCAGGGGGGUUUCAACAGGCUCUCUCCCGCAGUGCUAUCUCCUGCUCCCAGUCGGUUUCAGUUCAAUCGACCAGCUUUGAAGAGGACACGUGAGCGUGACGAAGUUGUUGCUGCACUAUCCGAACGUCCCUCGAAAGUCCUUCAAGGUACUAACCAGUCCACGACCGUUACGGUUGGACCAGCGGACACAUCGGUGAGCAAGUUCUGGAUUUAUCUCACAAAAAUAUCCCCCGAAGCCACUGAAGACGACAUUCUUAAUCUUGCGCGACGCUGCUUGCAGACGGAAGAUGUAGUGGCUAAGGCACUGAUACCAAAGGGACGACCGCCAUCUACCCUGUCGUUCGUAUCGUUCAAAGUAGGGGUAAGCCAGGAACUGAAGUGUAAAGCCUUGGACCCAUGCACUUGGCCACCGCAAGUACAAUUUAGGGAGUUCAUCGAAACCACCUCUAACUUUCAACCUUUUUGGAAGCCGAGCCAGAGAACCGAUCCGGGUCCAUCGAGUGUUCCAGAACCGCAUCCUACAUCAGCACCGGCGGUGAGUUUGAAUCUUCAUUAA